AUGUUAAAAUUAUAUGAAUGGAAAGCUUUUUAUAAUAAAGAAAUACCGAGAAGAAUUGGUGAAAUUAUUGAUAUUAUUUAUGAUAAAGUUUUAAAUGAAAUCAACAACAUCAAAAACCUUGAAGAUUUUAUCAUCGACUUGUACGGUCAUGGUAAAUUAACUGAAAAUAUUCUAGCUUUGGGUAAAAAUGAACAUUUGUUAAAAGAUAAAAAAAUAUCCCUAGACAAAAUUGUUAAUACAUUUUUAGAUAAUUCAAUCAUCGUUUUAAACAAAUUUUACAGUAAAACUAAUCAACAAAUUCAAAUUAAUUCAUUAAAAGACGAACAAACAAGCAUCGAUACAAAAAUGCGUGAUGGAAAAUUUUACAUAAGAAAUUUUGACAUCCAUUUGUAUUUUGUUAAAUUUAAAUUAAAUGAUGAAAAAACUUUUGAUAAAACAUCAUUAUUUCAUACUCAAGAAAUGAAAGAAUAUAUUGAUAAAAUCAUAUUCAUACAUAAAGAAAACAAUAUUGUAUAUUACCAGGUUAUUAUAAAUAGAAUGAAUGCUUCUACAAACAAAGAAGAUUUUAAAGAUUGGGGUGACUUUGAUCGAAGAAAAAAAAAUUACAAAAUGUCUGAACCCAUCGUUUUACCUGUUAUUCCAGAAGAAGAUGAUAGACUUUCAUAUGAAAAAAUAGAAAUUAUAGAAGACCGUGUUACAAGAAUAAAAGAAUGGCUUAUACAAAAACGAGAUUAUAGAGGCAAAGCUAAUACUUUUGACACAAUUAUAGAUGAUUUUUGGGGUUUAAUUAACGGACGUAAAUUUCAACAAGAAACUGAUACUUACACUCUCGAUCUUGUUAAAGAAAUAUGA